GCAGCUGCAGGCAGCGGGGCUUUCCUCUCACCUUCGGGGCAGGGAGCCCCAGCCAGCACUCCCCCUCCACCAUGAUCCUUUGGCUGUGGCUCUGCUGCGGCUUCUCCACCUCGGCAGGGCAGCCCGACUCGGAGCUGAUGGCGAGGUACCUGGAAGAAAGUCUGAUGGCAGACUACAGCAUCAUGGAGCAGGUUGCACGCCGUGUUCCAAGACAGGCCAAAUUUUUGCAGAGGCUGGAAACCAGGCCUCGGAUGUCUGAAUUCACUGUGAAAUCCACAAUCAUUUCUCGGUAUGCUUUCACCACGGUGUCGUGCACCAUGGUGAACAGUGGAUCCGAGGCCCGCGAAGGUGUGUUUGAGAUGCAGAUCCCAGCUGCAGCCUUCAUCUCCAACUUUACCAUGAGCAUCGGCAACAAGACUUAUUAUGGGGAGGUCACAGGGAAAGAAAAGAAACAUAGCAGUGAUGACAAAGCAAGGCACAAGAAACCACCGAGCCCUACAGAUGGAAGGGAGAAUGGCUAUGAGACAUUCAAAGCUUCUGUCUUCAUUCCUCGUAAGAUGCAGGCCAAGUUCCUGCUGCAUUAUGAAGAGCUUUUGCAAAGGCGACUGGGAAAAUACGAGUAUACAAUCAGCAUCCGGCCCCAGCAGCUGGUGGGGAGGUUACGAGUGGAGGUGAACAUCCUGGAGAACUCAGGCAUAGUUUCGCUGGAAGUGCCUCCCCUUCGAAACAGCAAGCAUAAAGGCAAUGGGAAAGUUGAAGGUGAUGUUUCUCCUCCUCCUUCUACUGUAGUUGGACAUACGAAAACCUUAGCUAAAGUUACAUUCAAUCCCAGUGUUGUCGAGCAAACCAGGAUUGCCCGAAACGGCAUUUUGGGAGACUUCAUAAUUAGAUAUGAUGUGAACAGGGAGCUGAGUGUUGGGGAUGUUCAGAUUCUUAAUGGGUAUUUCGUGCACUACUUCGCCCCCACAGAUCUUCCUCCACUGCCAAAGAAUGUUGUCUUUGUGCUUGACAGCAGUGCUUCCAUGGUGGGAACAAAACUGAAACAGACCAAAGAAGCUCUCUUCACAAUUCUCCAGGACCUAAGGCCUGAAGACCACUUCAAUAUCAUUGGCUUUUCCAACCGAAUAAAGGUCUGGCAGCAGGACCGGCUGGUGCCAGUUACUCCAAAUAAUAUAAGAGAUGCCAAAAAGUACAUUCAUAAUAUGUCACCUACUGGAGGGACUAAUAUUAAUGGUGCUCUCCAGACUGGUGCAAAGCUGCUAAAUGAUUACAUUGCUCAGAAUGAUAUUGAUGCCAGGAGCGUCUCUCUGAUCAUCUUCCUCACGGAUGGAAGGCCCACUGUUGGGGAAACACAGUCGUCCAAAAUCCUCAGCAACACCAAGGAUGUCAUCCGUGAUAAAUUCUGCCUCUUCACCAUUGGCAUUGGCAAUGAUGUGGACCACAAGCUGCUGGAGAGGAUGGCACUGGAGAACUGUGGCAUGACGAGGCAUUUUCAGGAGGAUGAGGAUGCAGCCAGCCACCUCAAAGGGUUCUAUGAUGAAAUAGGAACACCCCUUCUCUCUGACAUCCGUGUUGAUUACCCUGAAGACAAUGUGGAGCAAGUCACCCAGAACUUUUUCCCUAACUACUUUAAUGGCUCUGAAAUUAUAAUAGCUGGCAAACUCAUCAACCGCACCUCAGAGAGUCUCCACGUGGAGGUGACUGCUAGCAACUCCAAGAAGUACAUCCUCCUCAAAACAGAUGUGGCUAUUGACCUGCCAAGCAGGAAUGACAUUAGAGGUGUCCCAGGCCUGGAAGAUGGCAAAGGUGAUAAAAAUUACAUUGAGAGAGCAUGGAGUUAUCUCACCAUCAAAGAAUUGCUUAAGUCCCGGUUGAAGAGUGAUGACAAUCAGGAAAGAGAUGCUUUGAUGGAGAAAGCCAAGUCAAUGGCCCUUACUUACAAUUUUGUUACUCCCUUCACCGUUCUGAAGAUGAGAGAGGCUGGGCUCCAUUCAGAACCACCUCAAGAGGAGUUUAUCAGCCCUUCUACUGAUGGCAUUGGUGAGAAGUUGCAGAGCUUGCAGGGACACAAGGCACCACCAGGUGUACGCAGACAGCAAGAUAAACAAAGAAUUAAAAUCUCCAAAACUUCAGCGGAUGGAGACCCUCACUUUGUCAUUGAUUUUCCCUCCAGCAAGUUCUCUGUCUGCUUCAAUAUUGACGGAGAACCAGGGGACAUUCUCCGACUGGUCUCUGAUCACAAGGAAUCUGGUGUAACUGUGAAUGGGCAAUUAAUUGGAGCUCCUGCACCACCCAAUGGCCACAAGAAGCAUCGGACUUACUUCAGCACCAUCACUAUCAUCAGCAAUAAGCCAGAGAGGUCUUACCUAGAGAUCACACCCAAAAGAAUUAUCCUGGAUGAUGGGGAAAGACUUCUUCUGUCCUGUGAUCGGAGUGCUGUUGUGCGAAGCAGCAGCCUCGAGGUGUCCAUCUCUGCCAAUUCCAACAUCACCGUGACGAUAAGAGACACAAUCAGCUUUGUCAUCCUCAUCCACCAUUACAAGAAGCCGGCCCCAUAUCAGAGGAAUCACCUGGGGUUCUACAUCUCCAACAGCAAAGGCCUCUCUUCUGACUCGCAUGGGCUACUGGGUCAGUUCUUGAACCAUGAAGUUAAACUUCUUCAGGAAUCUCUAAACACAAGUCGUCAGGAGGUUGGUCAGAACGAAACUGAAGCAUUAAACCCUACAAAUACCCUGAAAGUGAAGGGACGGCUCGUUCCUGUUGUGUGGAAGCAGAGGAGGAUCUACAAUGGCCAGCAGGAAGUUGACUGCUGGUUUGCCAAAAACAAUGCGGACAAACUGAUCGAUGGGAGCUAUAAAGACUAUUUGGCUUCUCAUCCUUUUGACACAGGGACCGGCAUUGGGACGAUUAACAUCCUUUAAGACCAAUCAUAGCAAUGCAUUACAGCAGCAUGCGUGACAGCGGUUCCCUUCUGAAGCCUCUAGAGCUAGGCAACUUAUGAAUAUUUCUUUACUUUUUUGGUGCCAAAGAAACCAAGGCUUUUUGCCCCUGGAAAUCAGCUGUCUCUCUUUCAUGCUAGAUGAACACUGUUCAUCAAA